AUGACAGAUCCAAACAUAUAUAUGAACUCUUCAGAAUAUAAACAUAUCUCAAACAGUCAUACUUCGAGUGGAAUAAAUAAUAGGACAUGUCAUACAUUAGUAAGUACUCAAUACAUGGCAAGUAACUCAAUAUCAUAUGUCACAGUAGAUAUUAUUAGAAAGCUUAUUGAAGAAAACCACCAAUUAUUAUAUGGGUUGCAUGUAUUUCUUAAUAAGGGCAAGUGUGUCAAUGACUUUGCUGUACGUGCCUUAUUUUCAAGGUUACAGAGAAAUCUGAUCUUUCUUGCACACCUAAAUAAUCAACCUAAAGCUCAAAAGAAUAUAUCUGUCAAUGAUGUUAUUCGUCCUAUAUUUCCAAGUGACUAUUCUUUAGAAGUAAAAAAAUCGACUCUUAGCAACUCAGAGCCGAAUUCUGUCCUCAGUCCAAAUAUAUUAACCACUUCACCUCUCCUAACAUCUAAUACAACUCCAACUUCUCUCUAUGACCCAAACUCAAUAGACUAUAGAGCUAAUAAUCCAAAUAAUACAGAUAAUAUCAUCCAUAAGCACAUGUCUGAAGCUAAUAUUUCUAAUAACUGCUCAAAUAGUAGUUCUAUACCAAGAACAGAAUAUGAACUUAUAACAUCUGGUAUAUUAGACUAUGAUAUAGUUGGAAACAGUGUUGGAAUUUCAAUGCUAGGUAGUUCAACUAAUUCAAAUAAUAAUAUCAAUUCUAUACAGAACAAUGAACAUUUUAUUUGCCGUUACUGUCAGAGAAAGUGCAGAAACCAAAGUGGGCUUACUCAACAUACAAUGAAAGUUCAUCCAGAUGCACCUGAAGUUCAGCAUUUAAUUAAACAAGCACAAUCAAGAUCAACAGCAAAUUCCAUAUAA